UGGCCAUAUUGGAUCCAUUCAGCCGCAGCCGCCCGGGCGGAGCGCGUCCCGCAGCCGGCUUGUCCCCAUCGCGGCCCGGGUGCUCGCCCCGGCUCGCCCGCCCGGUGCGGAGCUCGUCAUGGCGGCCACUGACCUGGAACGCUUCUCGCUCCCGGAUCCUGGGUGCGAUUCCAGGCAGGUCUGGCCUCAGUGGUCGGGUCUGAAGCAGCCAUUCCCCAGGAACUGGAGGGAUUCCAGAUUCAGCCCAGUGGAUGUUUGGGCCCCAAUCCAGAAUGCAGAGCCAGAGCCCCGGAGCCUCUCCCUGGGUGGCCAUGUGGGUUUCGACAGCCUCCCCGACCAGCUGGUCAGCAAGUCGGUCACUCAGGGCUUCAGCUUCAACAUCCUCUGUGUGGGGGAGACCGGCAUUGGCAAGUCCACACUGAUGAACACGCUCUUCAACACAACCUUUGAGACCGAGGAAGCCAGUCACCAUGAGGAGUGUGUGCGCCUGCGGCCCCAGACCUACGACCUCCAGGAGAGCAACGUGCAGCUCAAGCUGACCAUCGUGGAUGCCGUGGGCUUCGGGGAUCAGAUCAAUAAGGAUGAGAGUUACAGGCCCAUAGUCGACUACAUCGAUGCGCAGUUUGAAAACUACCUGCAGGAGGAGCUGAAGAUCCGCCGUUCGCUCUUCGACUACCAUGACACGAGGAUCCACGUCUGCCUCUACUUCAUCACGCCCACGGGGCACUCCCUCAAGUCCCUGGAUCUGGUGACCAUGAAGAAACUAGACAGCAAGGUGAACAUUAUUCCCAUCAUCGCCAAAGCGGACACCAUUUCCAAGAGUGAGCUCCACAAGUUCAAGAUCAAGAUCAUGGGUGAGCUGGUCAGCAAUGGGGUCCAGAUCUACCAGUUUCCCACGGAUGAUGAAGCUGUUGCAGAGGUUAAUGCGGUCAUGAAUGCACACCUGCCCUUUGCCGUGGUGGGCAGCACCGAGGAGGUGAAGGUGGGGAACAAGCUGGUGCGAGCGCGACAGUACCCUUGGGGCGUGGUGCAGGUGGAGAACGAAAAUCACUGCGACUUCGUGAAGCUCCGGGAGAUGUUGAUCCGGGUGAACAUGGAGGACCUCCGCGAGCAGACCCACAGUCGGCACUACGAGCUCUACCGGCGCUGCAAGUUGGAGGAGAUGGGCUUCCAGGACAGCGAUGGUGACAGCCAGCCUUUCAGCCUACAGGAGACAUACGAGGCCAAGAGGAAAGAAUUCCUGAGCGAGCUGCAGAGGAAGGAGGAGGAGAUGAGGCAGAUGUUCGUCAACAAAGUGAAGGAGACGGAGCUGGAGUUGAAGGAGAAGGAGAGAGAGCUCCACGAGAAGUUCGAACACCUCAAGCGGGUCCACCAGGAAGAGAAGCGCAAGGUGGAGGAGAAGCGCCGGGAACUGGAGGAGGAGACCAACGCCUUCAACCGCAGGAAGGCGGCGGUGGAGGCCCUGCAGUCUCAGGCCCUGCACGCCACCUCGCAGCAGCCUCUGAGGAAGGACAAGGACAAGAAGAAUUAACGCACGCACAGACUUACAUGUCAAGAGUGGACUUUAGACUUUCAUGUGUUAAGUUGCUUGAGUUACACCUUGUGACCCUUCUCCCAUAACAUGGUGUGAGGACGGACUGGGAGCUGGUACAGACUCCAGUGUUUACAGCCUUGCUUUGUCCCCCCACCCCACCCCGCCAUCCCCCAGGCUGCCUGGGCCUGGCGGGCCGCCCUCUCUAUGCAAACUCGUUAAAGCCAUGAAUGCUGGAAUCCAAAACUGAUGAGGUUUAUUUUUUUCAGAGCCAGUGGCUGGUCUUCCAUUUACAGUGUCACUAUUCCUUGACGGAGCAGUUUUGUGUCACUCUAGCGAAGGCCCCAGCCGGCGAUGCUCGGCCUAAUUGUUCAGCGUCAAGAUGGCAACUCAUGCAGUGCCCUAGAUGUGGCCACGUGGUGUGGUAUACAUGCUGCAAAUUCGCCUGAUUCCCCUUCAUUUUAAUUUUUCUAACCUAGAGCUUAAUUUCAAUAAUAACUUUUAAAGCACUUCUAAAUUUUUAUUUUGGCACGAGCAUAAAGACAAAUAAUACCCUCUCCCAUUAUUUUCAUAAGUAACAGAUUCCCUGAUUUUUAAAAACUAAAAAUAUCUCUAAACCUUUCUUAUGUAUAAAGUAUCCCUAUAAACUAUAGGGAGAGGUGGGUAAUAAACAUCCUGUAAUGACAGUGUUUGGAAUUUCUUUAUGGAUGAAAGUGGAUCAUGAACAAGACCACAUCCAGUGUUUUUACUGUGAAUGUAAAUGGAACAGCAGCCCAAAGCCAUUGUCUCUGUGCCCCAGAGGUGCUACCUGUAAACAGGGACCAACCCCAUGUGUGCGUGUUAAGUGUUUGACUCUAAGACCCCCCAAACCAAUCCUGCAUAUUCCAAAUGCAAAGAGUGUUCAGCGGGAACAGAUUUUUCUCCAGGUCAUUGUUUCCUUUUUCUUGGCUGAGUCACAGGGAAAGAGGUGAAAGUGUCUGAUGUAUGUGAACAAUUUAAGAAAAAAAUACCAGCUUUUCCCCUUUACCGGCAUUCUUAAAAAGAACAUUCUAAGAAAGUACAAGCAUUCUUCUAUGUUCCUGUUGGUUUGCAAGCCAUUGAGAAUAUCAGGGUUGAAAAUAUGGGCUGAUAAUAUGGUACACAAGAAAUGAAUAGAUGAGAGGAAGGAUUUCAUUUAAUGUUGAAGCACUGUGCUGGGCAUUGGCUACCCAGAGUAACGCGCAGCUCUGUCCUCAAGGAGCUUACAGUCUAGUGCACUCCCUAGUUGGAAGACUUAGGAAGCUGCGCUAAUAUAUUGUUGGAUUGGCAUUUUGUUUUUUACGUCCUUCAUCUUCCCUCCCAUCAUUGUUUCCCUCUUUCUGCCUUGGCCUGCUUUACUGAUUUCCAGGACCAGGUCCUGGCUCCUUCUUGCCCUUCUGAGACCAUGUUCCAUUCAGAGAGGGGUGGAGGGUGAGCUGUGUGUAUCCACUGAGGUAUGACCAGGAAAAGGUGGUCUUUUUCUCCUCGCCAGGAGCAGAGCAGGUUUUAUUGAUGCUCAAAGUGAAAAUUCUCCAAAGUUAUGCCAUGACCAGGGGUGGAUACAGGUUUUUGAGGGGCUCGAAGCUUGAACUACUUGAGAAACCUUCUAUAAAAAAAAAAAAAGAAGGAUAUGAGUAUAAAAUUAGGUACAGGGCCUUGGAAAGGGCACUGAGAAUUAAGCUUCAUUAGCUUCA